AUGCGCAACCGCUCACAAGAGGUGAGCGAGAGUGCUCCGAAGAGAGCCAAGGACACAAAGGGCGCACCGAGACCGACCACUUUUGUCAAGCCGGCGAAAAAGUUCAGUGAGGUGGCCCGAGAUAGCCUCGCUAUAGCACUUGUUGAUGAGCUCAACGACGAUUGGCGCCUUCUGAUGGAGAAAUGGGAGGAGGUCGAGACCCAGUUGGCAAAGAUGGUAACAAAAAAGAUACUGACCGAGCCAUCGGUACGGUCACCCUCCUUUGACUCCUCGGCAAUGGUUAGAGGUAAUCAGGGACAUCCCAAGGAGACCCAGAGCAUUUGGUUACCCAAGGGGCUGCCUAGCCAUGAAAGGGUGCUCAAGACUCUGCGAGCGAUGAACAAGAAAGUCGAUAUGAAGGACUGGGCCAUCCUCAAAGCGGAAGGGGAAAAGAAGUCCAGUCAGCCAUACCUGUUCCUGAUAAACCAGCGCUGCCUAGAACAGCCUAAGGCAGCAGACAAUAAAGUGCGGUACGGCAUCAGGAAGGCUAACGUAAAGAUCUUCCUAGAUGAACCGGACGAUAUUCUGGAAGACGAAGUCGAGGACCCCAAUAAGCUGCUGGACGAUUUGGCAAUCGACGACAGCACCCCCAACACCACUCCGAUCUAA